AUGUCUUCACUAGAAGUGGUAGAUGGGUGCCCCUAUGGAUACCGACCAUAUCCAGAUAGUGGCACAAAUGCAUUAAAUCCAUGUUUUAUAUCAGUAAUAUCCGCCUGGCAAGCCGUCUUUUUCCUAUUGAUUGGUAGCUAUCAAUUGUGGAAACUUUAUAAGAACAAUAAAGUACCACCCAGAUUUAAGAACUUUCCUACAUUACCAAGUAAAAUCAACAGUCGACAUCUAACGCAUUUGACCAAUGUUUGCUUUCAGUCCACGCUUAUAAUUUGUGAACUGGCCUUGGUAUCCCAAUCUAGCGAUAGGGUUUAUCCAUUUAUACUAAAGAAGGCUCUGUACUUGAAUCUCCUUUUCAAUUUGGGUAUUUCUCUCCCUACUCAAUACUUAGCUUAUUUUAAAAGUACAUUUUCAAUGGGCAACCAGCUUUUCUAUUACAUGUUUCAAAUUCUUCUACAGCUCUUCUUGAUAUUGCAGAGGUACUAUCAUGGUUCUAGUAACGAAAGGCUUACUGUUAUUAGCGGACAAACUGCUAUGAUUUUAGAAGUGCUCCUUCUUUUCAAUUCUGUGGCAAUUUUUAUUUAUGAUCUAUGCAUUUUUGAGCCAAUUAACGAAUUAUCUGAAUACUACAAGAAAAAUGGGUGGUAUCCCCCCGUUCAUGUACUAUCCUAUAUUACAUUUAUCUGGAUGAACAAACUGAUUGUGGAAACUUACCGUAACAAGAAAAUCAAAGAUCCUAACCAGUUACCAUUGCCGCCAGUAGAUCUGAAUAUUAAGUCGAUAAGUAAGGAAUUUAAGGCUAACUGGGAAUUGGAAAAAUGGUUGAAUAGAAAUUCUCUUUGGAGGGCCAUUUGGAAGUCAUUUGGUAGGACUAUUUCUGUGGCUAUGCUGUAUGAAACGACAUCUGAUUUACUUUCUGUAGUACAGCCCCAGUUUCUACGGAUAUUCAUAGAUGGUUUGAACCCGGAAACAUCUUCUAAAUAUCCUCCUUUAAAUGGUGUAUUUAUUGCUCUAACCCUUUUCGUAAUCAGCGUGGUUUCUGUGUUCCUCACCAAUCAAUUUUAUAUUGGAAUUUUUGAGGCUGGUUUGGGGAUAAGAGGCUCUUUAGCUUCUUUAGUGUAUCAGAAGUCCUUAAGAUUGACGCUAGCAGAGCGUAACGAAAAAUCUACUGGUGACAUCUUAAAUUUGAUGUCUGUGGAUGUGUUAAGGAUCCAGCGGUUUUUCGAAAAUGCCCAAACCAUUAUUGGCGCUCCUAUUCAGAUUAUUGUUGUAUUAACUUCCCUGUACUGGUUGCUAGGAAAGGCUGUUAUUGGAGGGUUGGUUACUAUGGCUAUUAUGAUGCCUAUCAAUGCCUUCUUAUCUAGAAAGGUAAAAAAGCUAUCAAAAACUCAAAUGAAGUAUAAGGACAUGAGAAUCAAGACUAUUACAGAGCUUUUGAAUGCUAUAAAAUCUAUUAAAUUAUACGCCUGGGAGGAACCUAUGAUGGCAAGAUUGAAUCAUGUUCGUAAUGAUAUGGAGUUGAAAAAUUUUCGGAAAAUUGGUAUAGUGAGCAAUCUGAUAUAUUUUGCGUGGAAUUGUGUACCUUUAAUGGUGACAUGUUCCACAUUUGGCUUAUUUUCUUUAUUUAGUGAUUCUCCGUUAUCUCCUGCCAUUGUCUUCCCUUCAUUAUCUUUAUUUAAUAUUUUGAACAGUGCCAUCUAUUCCGUUCCAUCCAUGAUAAAUACCAUUAUAGAGACAAGCGUUUCUAUGGAAAGAUUAAAGUCAUUCCUACUUAGUGACGAAAUUGAUGAUUCGUUCAUCGAACGUAUUGAUCCUUCAGCGGAUGAAAGAGCGUUACCUGCUAUAGAGAUGAAUAAUAUUACAUUUUUAUGGAAAUCAAAAGAAGUAUUAACAUCUAGCCAAUCUGGAGAUAAUUUGAGGACAGAUGAAGAGUCUAUUAUCGGAUCUUCUCAAAUUGCGUUGAAGAAUAUCGAUCAUUUUGAAGCAAAAAGGGGUGAUUUAGUUUGUGUUGUUGGUCGGGUAGGAGCUGGUAAAUCAACAUUUUUGAAGGCAAUUCUUGGUCAACUUCCUUGCAUGAGUGGUUCUAGGGACUCGAUACCACCUAAACUGAUCAUUAGAUCAUCGUCUGUAGCCUACUGUUCACAAGAAUCCUGGAUAAUGAACGCAUCUGUAAGAGAAAACAUUCUAUUUGGUCACAAGUUCGACCAAGAUUAUUAUGACCUCACUAUUAAAGCAUGUCAAUUGCUACCCGAUUUGAAAAUACUACCAGAUGGUGAUGAAACUUUGGUAGGUGAAAAGGGCAUUUCCCUAUCAGGCGGUCAGAAGGCCCGUCUUUCAUUAGCCAGAGCGGUGUACUCGAGAGCAGAUAUUUAUUUGUUGGAUGACAUUUUAUCUGCUGUUGAUGCAGAAGUUAGUAAAAAUAUUAUUGAAUAUGUUUUGAUCGGAAAGACGGCUUUAUUAAAAAAUAAAACAAUUAUUUUAACUACCAAUACUGUAUCAAUUUUAAAACAUUCGCAGAUGAUAUAUGCGCUAGAAAACGGUGAAAUUGUUGAACAAGGGAAUUAUGAGGAUGUAAUGAACCGUAAGAACAAUACUUCAAAACUGAAAAAAUUACUAGAGGAAUUUGAUUCUCCGAUUGAUAAUGGAAAUGAAAGCGAUGUCCAAACUGAACACCGAUCCGAAAGUGAAGUGGAUGAACCUCUGCAGCUUAAAGUAACUGAAUCAGAAACUGAGGAUGAGGUUGUUACUGAGAGUGAAUUAGAACUAAUCAAAGCCAAUUCUAGAAGAGCUUCUCUAGCUACGCUAAGACCUAGACCCUUUGUGGGAGCACAAUUGGAUUCCGUGAAGAAAACGGCGCAAAAGGCCGAGAAGACAGAGGUGGGAAGAGUCAAAACAAAGAUUUAUCUUGCGUAUAUUAAGGCUUGUGGAGUUUUAGGUGUUGUUUUAUUUUUCUUGUUUAUGAUAUUAACAAGGGUUUUCGACUUAGCAGAGAAUUUUUGGUUAAAGUACUGGUCAGAAUCUAAUGAAAAAAAUGGUUCAAAUGAAAGGGUUUGGAUGUUUGUUGGUGUGUAUUCCUUAAUCGGAGUAGCAUCGGCCGCAUUCAAUAAUUUACGGAGUAUUAUGAUGCUACUGUAUUGUUCUAUUAGGGGUUCUAAGAAACUGCAUGAAAGCAUGGCCAAAUCUGUAAUUAGAAGUCCUAUGACUUUCUUUGAGACUACACCAGUUGGAAGGAUCAUAAACAGGUUCUCAUCUGAUAUGGAUGCAGUGGACAGUAAUCUACAGUACAUUUUCUCCUUUUUUUUCAAAUCAAUACUAACCUAUUUGGUUACUGUUAUAUUAGUCGGGUACAAUAUGCCAUGGUUUUUAGUGUUCAAUAUGUUUUUGGUGGUUAUCUAUAUUUACUAUCAAACAUUUUACAUUGUGCUAUCUAGGGAGCUAAAAAGAUUGAUCAGUAUAUCUUACUCUCCGAUUAUGUCCUUAAUGAGUGAGAGCUUGAACGGUUAUUCUAUUAUUGAUGCAUACGAUCAUUUUGAGAGAUUCAUCUAUCUAAAUUAUGAAAAAAUCCAAUACAACGUUGAUUUUGUCUUCAACUUUAGAUCAACGAAUAGAUGGUUAUCCGUGAGAUUGCAAACUAUUGGUGCUACAAUUGUUUUGGCUACUGCAAUCUUAGCACUAGCAACAAUGAAUACUAAAAGGCAACUAAGUUCGGGUAUGGUUGGUCUACUAAUGAGCUAUUCAUUAGAGGUUACAGGUUCAUUGACUUGGAUUGUAAGGACAACUGUGACGAUUGAAACCAACAUUGUAUCAGUGGAGAGAAUUGUUGAGUACUGCGAAUUACCACCUGAAGCACAGUCCAUUAACCCUGAAAAGAGGCCAGAUGAAAAUUGGCCAUCAAAGGGUGGUAUUGAAUUCAAAAACUAUUCCACAAAAUACAGAGAAAAUUUGGAUCCAGUGCUGAAUAAUAUUAACGUGAAGAUUGAGCCAUGUGAAAAGGUUGGGAUUGUUGGCAGAACAGGUGCAGGGAAGUCUACACUGAGCCUGGCAUUAUUUAGAAUACUAGAACCUACCGAAGGUAAAAUUAUUAUUGACGGCAUUGAUAUAUCCGACAUAGGUCUGUUCGAUUUAAGAAGCCAUUUGGCAAUUAUUCCUCAGGAUGCACAAGCUUUUGAAGGUACAGUAAAGACCAAUUUGGACCCUUUCAAUCGUUAUUCAGAAGAUGAACUUAAAAGGGCUGUUGAGCAGGCACAUUUAAAGCCUCAUCUGGAAAAAAUGCUGCACAGUAAACCAAGAGGUGAUGAUUCUAAUGAAGAGGAUGGCAAUGUUAAUGAUAUUCUGGAUGUCAAGAUUAAUGAGAACGGUAGUAACUUGUCAGUGGGGCAAAGACAACUACUAUGUUUGGCAAGAGCGCUGCUAAACCGUUCCAAAAUAUUGGUCCUUGAUGAAGCAACGGCUUCUGUGGAUAUGGAAACCGAUAAAAUUAUCCAAGACACUAUAAGAAGAGAAUUUAAGGACCGUACCAUCUUAACAAUUGCACAUCGUAUCGACACUGUAUUGGACAGUGAUAAGAUAAUUGUUCUUGACCAGGGUAGUGUGAGGGAAUUCGAUUCACCCUCGAAAUUGUUAUCCGAUAAAACGUCUAUUUUUUACAGUCUUUGUGAGAAAGGUGGGUAUUUGAAAUAA